ACAGAUAUGCCCCUCAUGCAAAAAAGAGACCCUGAGGAGAACUAUGUGGCGUCCAUGAACCAGAAGAAAUUAUUUGAGGCGAUGCCAAGAACUGGAGAUAACUUGGAAGAUGUAAAAUAUUGUAAUGGGAGAAAGAAAGGAAGAAGAAGAUAUAGAGGAGCCAAAGAAGAGAGGUUACCAGAUUCAACGCUUGAUCUAAAUUCAAACCGUUCAUGCAAAAGCCUUAAGUUCCAAUGCAGGCCUGGAUAUGGCCAGUUGGGAAUCAAGUGCAUUGUUAAAGCCAAUCACUUUCUUACCGAGAUAACAGGAUCAGACUUGAGUCACUAUAGUGUUAAGAUAACCCCUGAGGUUAAUUCUCUUAAAUUGAACAAAGCUAUUAUGACCCAGUUGGUAAAACUUCAUCGAAACAGUGACUUGGGGAUGAGGCUUCCUGUUUAUGAUGGAGGAAGUACCCUUUACACAGCUGGAAUGCUUCCUUUUACCUCAAAAGAGUUUACCGUUGCAUUGGUUGAUCAACAGAGGGGCACGCGUUACGUAAGGAAACGAGAAUUUAAAGUGGUGAUAAAGUUUGUAGCUCUUGCUAGCAUGGUACAGUUACGCCAGCUUCUUUCUGGGAAACAAGUUGAUUCCCCUCAAAAAUCCAUUAAGAUUAUAGAUAUUGUGCUAAGGGAAAUUGCGGCUCAAAGGUACUUACCAUUUGGAAAAUCCCUUUAUUCUCCUAUUUUUAAGACACCAGAGCAGCUGGGUGGUGGUUUAGAGUCAUGGCGUGGUUUCUACCAGAGUAUAAGACCUACUCAGAUGGGACUGUCACUCAAUAUUGACAUGUCCACAACUGCUUUCAUUGAACCACUUCCUGUCAUUGAAUUUGUUGCCAAAGUUUUGGAUAAAGAUGUGUAUGCAAGACCACUGUCAGAUGCAGAUCGUUUUAAGGUCAAGAAAUCCCUUAGAGGUAUCAAAGUUGAAGUAACUCACAGGGGAAACAUACGAAGGAAGUAUAAGAUUUCAGGGUUGUCAACACAGCCAACUAGGGAUUUAAUUUUUCCACUUGAUGAUCAAAUGAAUAUGAAGUCAGUUGUUGAGUACUUUCAAGAGGUGUAUGGCUAUACCAUUCAAUAUACUCAUCUACCUUGUCUUCAAGUUGGAAACCGGAAGUACUUGCCCAUGGAGGCUUGCAAGAUAGUUGAGGGACAGAGAUACACAAAAAGGUUAAAUGAAAAGCAGAUAACUUCUUUGCUAAAAGUUUCAUGCCAAAGACCUCGUGAACAAGAAAUGGAUAUCUUACAGACAGUUCACCAAAAUGAUUAUGGGCAAGAUGAAUACGCAAAAGAGUUCGGAAUCAAAGUAGCCAGCAAGCUUGCAUCAGUCGAAGCUCGGGUUCUUCCGGCUCCUUGGCUGAAGUAUAAUGAUGCUGGAAAAGAAAAAGAACAUUUGCCUCAAGUAGGUCAGUGGAAUAUGAAGAAUAAGAAAGUGAUAAAUGGAAGCACUGUAAGAUAUUGGUCAUGUAUUAACUUCUCUCGAAGUGUCCAAGAGAACACUGCUGAAGCUUUUUGUCAACAGUUGGUUCAGACGUGCCAAAUCUCUGGCAUGGAAUUUAACCAAGAACCUGUUAUUCCAGUCUAUUCAGCAACGCCAGAUCAGGUAAAGAAGGCUUUAAAAUACGUGUACGAUGCUGCAGCAAGCAAACUUCAAGGGGAAGAACUGGAGUUAAUUAUCGCCAUUCUUCCGAACAAUAAUGGCCCUUUAUAUGGUGAUCUGAAACGAAUUUGUGAGACAGAUCUGGGGUUGAUUUCUCAGUGCUGCCUUGCAAAACAUGUAUUCAAGAUCAGCAGGCAAUACCUUGCAAAUUUGUCUCUAAAAAUCAAUGUCAAGAUGGGAGGAAGAAAUACUGUGCUUUUAGAUGCUCUAACUUGGAGGAUUCCCCUUGUUAGUGACAUUCCAACAAUAAUUUUUGGAGCUGAUGUAACUCAUCCAGAGUCAGGAGAGGACUCAAGUCCAUCUAUAGCUGCUGUUGUAGCCUCACAGGACUGGCCUGAAAUUACAAAGUACGUGGGUUUGGUAUGUGCUCAGCCUCAUCGGCAAGAACUAAUUCAAGAUUUGUUCAAAACCUGGCAAGACCCUGAGAGGGGUACGGUUACUGGAGGCAUGAUCAGGGAGCUCUUACUGUCGUUUAAGAAGGCCACUGGACAAAAACCACUAAGAAUAAUAUUUUACCGAGAUGGUGUUAGCGAAGGCCAGUUCUACCAGGUUCUGCUUUAUGAACUUGAUGCGAUUCGUAAGGCUUGUGCAUCACUGGAAGCUAGUUAUCAACCCCCAGUUACAUUUAUUGUUGUCCAAAAGCGGCACCAUACAAGACUCUUCUCGAGCAACCACAAAGACAGAAAUAGCACUGACAAGAGCGGAAAUAUCCUACCUGGAACAGUGGUGGACACUAGGAUUUGUCAUCCUACCGAAUUUGACUUUUAUCUAUGUAGUCAUGCAGGAAUCCAGGGCACUAGUCGACCUGCUCAUUAUAAUGUUCUCUGGGACGAGAACAAUUUUACUGCAGAUGAGAUACAAUCUCUGACAAAUAACCUUUGUUAUACGUAUGCUCGAUGCACACGAUCAGUUUCUAUAGUGCCUCCUGCGUAUUAUGCUCAUCUGGCAGCCUACCGAGCUCGAUUCUACAUGGAACCUGAUGCCCCUGAAAAUGGGAAAAUCCGACACAUCCGCCCCUUACCUCCUUUGAAAGACAAAGUCAAGAAUCUGAUGUUUUACUGUUAA